UCCCUCUCUGCCCCUCUCCUGCUCAAGAAAUGAACUUAAAAAUAAAAAAAAUAAUAAUAAAAGACAGAAUAAAGGAGGUCAGAAGGUGGUUUGCAAUCUUUGGACAUAGCUGGCUUUUAUUGCCCAUGAAGAGAUAAAGUUCCCCGGCCUUUCUUCAUUACCUUUACAAUUUGCUCAGAGUGUCGGGGUCACCAAAGAGCUCACUGUGAGAAGCAAAAAUCAUCCUGUGCCUCUCCCCACAGGUCAUGGGGCUUGGAGAGUGUCAGAGCUUGGAGGAGGGACCUGAGACACAGAGGACCCAACGUGUCCUGAGGAGUGUCCUGAGAACCUUGACCUCAGUGCCGCUGCCUGGCUCGGCACAGGCAUGAACAUGUGGUGGCAUCACUGGAGCCUGGACACCGAUCCGGACUUGAGACUUCCCUUGGUCAAUAACUCUGUAACCCCUGGCCAGGGCCGGUCUCUCGCACUCACCCAGCUUCCGACGUACCCACGUCUCUUGACCACAGUACCCUUGACAAUCAGACCACCUUCCGAAGCAACUGGAACAUUCUCGACGUUACCUUCGGAGGCCCCAUGCAGCCCACCCGACCGCACGCUGCGGGCUGGUGUUAGCGACGUGGUCCCAACAUGGCUGAGCAGGCCCGAGGGAUGGUUCGGAUCGAAGCAGGGGCAGAGUGGGGCCCGAACACAACCAGCAGCCCCGGAACGUAGGCCACACUCUCUGGAGCCUCAGGACGUGGAUAUCCGAGGACCAGGCAGAGGGGAGCCCUUCGGGGAGAGGGUGAUGUCAGAGAGAGAGAGAAUGAGCAUGCGUGGGGGAGAACAUGACACUGAGGACCCAGGUUGCUUUCCAACUUUCCAUUUGGCCACGCUCAGCUGGCCAGCAGCAUCCCAUCCUCAUGGUCAAAGACAGAUGGCUGAGCAAUUCCAGGCAUCGCAGACCGGCACACAUCAAACCAAGAAAGGCAUUUGCUCCCAUGAGUCUCUGCAUUAGGGGAAACCUUUCCUAAAAGCUGUCCUACAGGUCCUGUUGGCCAGGAUCCCGCCACAUGCCUACCGUCAGUCCCAAGGAAGUGAUUGGGAGCAAAGGAGACUUCCAAGGAUUCUUCCAAGGAACAACAAGAAACACAGACGUGGUCCCCUGCCAGCACUUUUGAGUCGCUGUCUUUCUCAUCCUUUCUGAGGGCUGUGGAUUUAAAGAAACUUUUUCUUUUACUAUGGCCUACGACAGAGUGGUAAAGUAUACCUUUGUAAACAAAGAUGAACCAUUUGCUUUUUCUCCC